AAUAAUUCAUACGACCACCAUUCUGAAAAGAUAUGAGAGCCAGCGAGACAUCACAAUCCAAAGCUUCUCAAUUGGUCCAUCAUCACCUUCACCCAAUCCAAUAUUCCCAAGCCUACCUUCUUCUACCUCCUCCUCCUCUUCUUUCUCUCUUUCUCUUCUUUUGAGCUCUCUUUCUGGAUCACUUCAGAAUUACCUUUGCAUGGAUGCCAGCCAGUGGCCUCAGGGCAUGGGACUGCAGGUGAAGCCCAUGACCUUGGGGGAUCAGUUCGCCUCGUCGACCAACAGCGGCGCCACCAUCUCGACCACUGCGAAGCUGCAGGUGGCUGAAAGGGAGAUGAGGGAGCGGCAGAGGCCGAGGCCGAGCAAGGAGCAGGCCCUCAACUGCCCCAGGUGCAACUCCACCAACACCAAGUUCUGUUACUACAACAACUACAGUCUCACUCAACCCAGGUACUUCUGCAAGACCUGCAGAAGGUAUUGGACAGAAGGUGGGUCCCUCCGGAACGUCCCUGUGGGCGGCGGCUCGAGGAAAAACAAAAACAAGACCACCGCCGCCGCCGCCGCCGCCACUGCCACCUCCGCCAGUUCCAAAGCUCCAAAGUUGUUCCAUGAGGGACAGGACCUCAACCUGGCCUUCCACAAACAGGGCCACCUUCCCGAGUUCAACUCCAUUUGCCAAGCGAGCAGCAGCUGCAACUCCUAUAAUCUCUCUUCCUUGGACUUACUCAAGAGCACCGCCGCCAUGCCCAUGCCAUUGCCCGACUACACCAGCUCUGGGUUUGGAGGACUCAUGCAGGAAUUCAUGAGACCUCCUACUCUCAGCUUUCCUCUGGACACUGCAGGGUUCGGGAGCCUGCAAUUACUGCCAGGAGUGAGUGUUCAGGAAAGUAGUGAUCAUGCUGCCGGGAGCAGUAAGCUUAUGUUUCCUCUGCAAGAGCUCAAGGGAGCAACUGAGCCUUCAAAGAAUAUCGAGUUUGAGCAGAACAAGGGACAAGGUGGUGAUCCACCUCCUGGAUAUUGGAAUGGCAUGCUCAUGGGAGGAGGAGGAGAAGGAGGAGGAGGAGGAGGAAGUUCUUGGUAGAAAUUAAAAGUAUCAAUUAAUCCUGAUUAAAGGAAGAGCGCUCCUUCAGCUUGACUUCAAUUUUCAUCUAGCUAAUUGUUAAUUUCUCUAGUUAAUUUAAAUCCAUCAUCAAUGUGGAUAUAUGUUGAAGCUAAGUUUUACAUUGGCUUCAAGAGAUAAUGUGGUCGACACAUUAGAGGAACCCUUUUUUUACAUGCUCUAAUUAUGGCAAAAGAGAAGCAUGUGUGAGACUUCUGGUAUGAUAUAUAUGUUUGUGGUAAUGAAUGAUUGAAGCAUAUAUAUAUGCACUGAGUUAAAGGUAUUGUACCAGUAAGUGGUGUAAUUUGUUGAUUUAUAUGAUCAGAAGAGGAGGGAUUUUAUGUG